AUGAGAGGUGUUGUCGCUCACCUGAUCGAACAAAGCGAGUCAUCCACAGACAUUGUCAUUCAAAAGCCGCUAUACUUCUUUUUCGACGAUAAGGACUCCACACGGAAUACAUCGUCUGCUUUUGUGCGCUCUGUUUUGAGUCAGAUUCUUGUUGAUGCACGAACGUCGUAUCUCAUCAAGUAUCUGGAGGGUCGUGAUUACAUAGAGGAUGCGCAAGUGGAAGACAAUCUCUGGAGUGCCGAAUUUGAGAAUUACUUAGCGGAGGCAUGUGGAUACCUCAUCAGAAGAGCCGGUGAUGGUUCGGUGGAUUUCAACCACAGUUCUGCCAAGGACCUGUUCACAAACAGUACGGAGGGCCUCUUGCCAGAGGAGAAACAAGUCAUUUCAACUUUUGAGGUCUCAGGGGCGGAUGCACACGCCAUGAUGCACGCUUUGUGCAUGUCUAUCUUUCAACUGGAGAAGAGACAAGCGGACUGGUGGCACGAAGUUCUGGAAGAUGUGCGUCAAGCUCAGGACAAACUGAGAAGAUCAUUCACCACCUCUUGGGUAUCUCGCGAACAAGCAAACGAAGUAGCCGACUUGGGCGCUGCUCGCAUCCAGUCCUUCGCCAGAACCCCUUGCUUCACCUAUGCACUCCGAUAUUACAUCAGUCAUUACGAAGCUGCGACGCCCAGCUCCCAUAUCGAUAUCGCACUUGUCUCGUUCAUGCAUACUCGACAAGCGUACCACUGCCACAACAUGUGGUUAGCGAUCCGCGAAAGGUAUAGAGACUGCGACCUGAACAGGACCAUCCCAGUGCAUACGGAUCGUGAAGAGCAAAGCACUAGCUCAAACCUAUACAAAAGUGAAGCUCUGUUUCGGAUUAUGACGCAAGGAGACUGUCCACGGAUUGUGAACGGUCUCGCGGCUCAAGGUGCCAAUAUCAAUCACGUGGCCGACUCGAACCACGAACGCGUCACACUUUUGUCGUGGGCUAUUAUCUGCAGACGAAAGGGUUCUUUUAGUGCGCUUUUGCGCAAUGAACAAGUCCAAGUCAACUACAGCCCCGACGGUAUUCGUACGCCGCUUCACCACGCAGCUCGUUGCGUAGACGACGUAUUCUACGUCCAGAGGUUGAUAGAUCAUCCCUACACCAAUGUCAACAUUCUUCACGCAUCUAAGACGGCGCUUCACCUGGCGCUUGAUUCAAAGAAUAAAUCAGCAGUCAAAGCACUUGUAGCUCAUUCAGAUAUUGAUCUUAGCAUACGAGAUUCGCAUUUGGAGACUGCCUACCUCAAGGCAUUUGAGCAUACCAUGUGGGAACCGUUCCUGCUAGAAAUUAUGGCGAUGGUUUCUAAGGGAACCUUCUCCAUACCAAUCCCCGGAACCAACCAGAUUCUUGCUGCCGGUAGACACGGCUGGAAGGAUGUCGAGGAAAUCCUUCUAAAGGAGUUCCCCGCCCAAGUGCUAACGCAGGACCCAGACACAAAAAUGCAUGUGUUGGCGCACUACGCGUUCUUUGGCCAUCGGGAGAAGUUGCUCUGGAUCAUGGACCGUCUUCCACCCCAACGCGCCUCAUUACGCAGCGAACUGGACCACUACGACCUUCUUCAUCUGUGUGCCAGCCACAACUGGGAAGACAUUGUGCAUAUGAUGCAGCGGAAGUAUCGUCUACCGUCUCUUUCCUCGGACCAUAUGGGAAGAACACUUCUGCACUGGGCCGUGGAAUACAACUGGGAUAUCGACAAGAUGAAUCUCAGUCAGUACAGUAUGGCUGAUCUCAAUAAGAAAGACCGCAACGGGUUGACAGCAGCUCACAUCGCCGUCACAAACAGGAACAUGGCCGCCUUAGAAAUCUUGAUUGCUUCGGGGGCAAGUUGCUUGGAAAAGGACAACGCUGGCAUGUCACCCGCCCACAUGGCUGCCGAUCAAGGCUACGGCGCUGUACUUGAAUACUUCAUAGGCAUACAUCAUGCCGACUUUGGGAUAACUCGUACAGGCGCCAGCCUCCUGCACCUGAUCGCUCUGUGGGUCGACGGAGCUACGAUUUGUCACUUCGUUACUUCGCGAAACGCAGCGAUAAAUAUCAACUCCGUGGACCGCGAGCGCCGUACCGCGCUACACUACGCGGCCAUGGCCGGCAACGUGUCUGCGGUUGAAGCGCUCGUUUCGCUAGGUUGUAGCAUCAAUGGACGCGACAACAAUGGCAAAUCACCCAUCCACGAGGCUAUCCGAGGCGGCGGCGCUGACACUGCUUUGCGGCUCUUGCACCUCGGCGCGGACUGGCGGGCCACAGACGCAUUCGGUCAGACUUGCCUGCAUCUGUCCCUCCGAUACAACAAUGAAAUUCUUGUAUCGCGCUUCCUACGGCUAGGCAUGGACAUCGGCGCCGUGGACCGGUUCGGGAUGACGCCGCUUCAUCGGGCGUGCGGCGCGGGCAAUGUAGACCACGCCCGCGGGCUUCUUCACAGGGGAGCGGCCUGGGAUGCGCGGAACAAGCAUGGACGCUCACCACUGGAGCUGGCCGUGGAGGCGAGGGCGAAGAGCACCGUAGAGACGGUUGUGUCGUGGGUGCUGACGCUUCGGAGGGCGCAAAUCCGCGGAAGUCAACGCAGGAUCAGUCAAUACUUCGACAGUGCGCUCAAGCUGGCCUGUGAGCUGGAGCUGGAUUCUACACGUAUCGGCAGCAUACUGAAGGAGACCGGUGCGGAAAUUGACUACAGCCAGGUCAAGGUUGAGAGGGUGUAUCUAGCUGGGCCGACUGCAGAGAAACGUGAUCCCCUUGUCCCUCGAGGGUCACCACUACACAAUCCGUUCAACAGCCCGUUCAACAGCGAUCCCUUGGGCUAG